ACCGGGCCGGAGCGGCUGCCGGGGCUCUUUGGUGCCGUGGCCCGCGCGGCGCCACUCCCGGCCGCGGGCGCUGCGUUCUCUGUGGGGCGGCGGCGGGAACCGCGGCCGCACGGCCCUCGGCGGCGGUGGGGACGGCGAUGGGCGGGUUCUGCCGCCGCGGUUUACGGGGGAGGCGCGGCGGAGGAGCUCGCCGGGGGUGGCGGAGGGAGGCCGCGGUCCCGGAGGGUUCCCGCGGAGGCUGCCGGAAAGCGCCGCUCCGGCUCGGCCCCGCGCUCCUGAAUCCGCUCAGCAGAGCACGCUGGAUCGCUCAGCCGUGGGGAAAUAUCUGUAUCCUGCAACUCGCACUUCUGAUUUUUAGAAUGCUUUCCCACAGGAACAUGCUUCAGGAAGGCGCACACGGUAAAUGGACAGUAUCUAGCAGCGAUGAAAGUGCCGCGGAAAAUUCGGACAGUGAAAAGCCAUGUACAUCUUCACUACCGGAUGCCGCAUGUGGUAGAACGAGUGGACCACAAUAUCCGUGCUCUGAUGCUAGGAAGGCUGCUCACAAGAGAAAAGCUUCUCCCCUGAAGCUCAGUGAUAAAAGUCUUUCCGCAGAAACACCUCCAGCAGUAAAACAGAGACCAAGCCAUGAAGGUUCAGGUUGGUCUCUUUCUAGUAGUGAUGAAGAGCCUGAAGAUCAGCAAAAACAUGCCUACAAAGAAACGGUGAAAGAAGAAAAAUAUGAUGUGCCCAAAGAAGAUCCUUUGAAUCUUUGCAAAGAUGACAAACUCUCAGAGAAUCUGAAAGAGGAGUAUAGUGCCAGUGAAUCCCAAGAUACCUGGGAUUUGGUGACUGGAGGCAAUCCUUUCAGAUUUUUUCUCACCAAAGUCAGUGGAAUUGAACAGAACUAUAAUUCUGGAGCCCUGCACAUAAAAGAUAUUUUGUCUCCUGUUUUUGGAACUCUCAUAUCUUCUGCCCAGUUUAACUACUGUAUAGAUGUAGGAUGGCUUGUAAGACAGUACCCGCAGGAAUUCAGGAAGAAGCCAUUGCUAAUAGUUCAUGGCGAGAAGAGAGAAUCCAAAGCUGAAUUAAUUGCACAAGCACGGCCUUAUGAGAAUAUUAGCUUUUGUCAGGCUAAACUGGAUAUUGCAUUUGGAACUCACCAUACGAAAAUGAUGUUGUUGCUGUAUGAAGAAGGUCUUCGAGUUGUGAUACAUACAUCCAACCUUAUUGCUGAAGAUUGGCACCAGAAAACUCAGGGAAUAUGGCUAAGCCCUUUAUAUCCAAUGCUACCUAAGGGUGCAUCUGGUUCUGCUGGUGAAUCUGCAACUAAUUUUAAAUCUGAUCUAAUAAGUUACUUGACAGCUUACAAUUCUCCUGCACUCAAGGAAUGGAUAGAUCUGAUUCAAGAACAUGAUUUAUCAGAAACAAGAGUGUAUCUGCUUGGUUCUACCCCUGGACGAUAUCAAGGCAGUGAUAAAGAAAAAUGGGGCCAUCUUAGGCUCAGAAAGCUUUUGAAGGAGCAUGCUUUGUCAAUUCCAGCACAGGAAUCUUGGCCUCUUGUUGGACAGUUCUCAAGCAUCGGUUCAAUGGGAGCUGAUGGGUCCAAAUGGCUGUGCUCGGAGUUCCAGGAGAGCCUGGUGGCUGCAGGCAGCGGUGUGACAACUUUCCGCAAAUGUGAUGUCCCAAUUCAUUUGGUUUAUCCUACUGUGGACAAUGUGAGGCAAAGUCUAGAAGGCUAUCCUGCUGGUGGCUCACUUCCGUACAGUAUACAGACAGCCCAGAAACAGCUGUGGUUGCAUUCCUAUUUUCACAAAUGGUCCGCAGAAGUCACAGGUCGAACUCACGCUAUACCUCACAUUAAGACGUACAUGAGACUCUCUCCUGACUUCCAGAAGAUUGCAUGGUUCCUGGUAACAAGUGCCAAUCUAUCUAAAGCAGCCUGGGGAGCUCUGGAGAAAAAUGGCAGCCAACUGAUGAUCCGUUCUUAUGAACUUGGAGUUCUUUUCUUGCCUUCAGCAUUUGGAUUGGACAAAGGUUACUUUCAUGUAGGACAGAAAAAGCUGGCAGAAGGGAAAGAUUCAGCAGCAUAUUUUCCUGUACCUUAUGACUUGCCACCAGAACAGUAUGGAAGCAAAGAUCAGCCGUGGAUUUGGAAUAUUCCUCAUACUGAUGCCCCUGAUACACAUGGAAAUAUGUGGGUUCCAUCAUAAAUAUUUCCAGUACUCUGUGAUGUUCCACUUGCUGACACUGAGCCUGCCAUGCUACUUGCAAAAACUCCUUGUUUCUGUUCUGUAAGCUGUAAUGUCUGCUAUAUUGGCUAAUUUGUAGUUGAAACAUUAAAAUGUUAAUAAGGGAGAGAUUCUCGGAGAAUCUAUAACCAUAUUAUUACAAGUGCACCUGCUUUUUUGAAUACCUUUUUAUAUGCUUUUUCUUUACUGUGGUUCCUAAUAUGGUUUUCAAGAUGAGAACUGUUCUCAGAGAGUCUCUCUGCAUUUUUAGUUGUAAUUAAUUUAAAAAUUACUGUUCUGUGAGACUGUCAGUUCUUCCAGUAACUUCUUCCAGUUAUUCCAGUAAUUGGAAUAAAAGUUGUUAUAUGUAAAAUUCAAAUAAAAAUAAAGGC